AGAAAAAGUUAUUAAAGGCUGCAGCUGAAAGGGCAAAGGGAAAAGGUUGCAUGAUAACAAUGGGCUCGCCUGGUUUCAACCUCUGCGCGACGACCCUUUUUGUUCUGUCCUUCCUGAUUAGUUUCUUCCUUAGCCAAACCGGAACUGAAGCUGCUGCAACUUACCUCGCCCAUGUCUGCCCAAACACCACCACUUUCACCGCCAACAGCACCUACCAAUCCAACCUCAAUCACCUCCUCGGCUCCCUCACCUCCAACGCCACCCGCACCACGGGGUUCUACAACACCACCGCGUCGGCUGGGAACUCCGUCGACACGGUCUACGGCCUCUUCCUCUGCCGGGGCGAUCUCUCCCCCGACGCCUGCCGAGACUGCGCUGCCGACGCAACCAAAGACGUGGUCGAUCGCUGCCCCAAUGAGAAAGUGGCCGUGGCUUGGUACGACGAGUGCAUGUUACGCUACUCAAAUCAGGAUAUCUUCUCCAGCAUGGUCACCGACCCAAGCAUUUUGAUGUGGAACACACAGAAUAUAUCGGAGCAAAACCAGUUUGCCCUGCUGGUGAGGACAACGAUGAACGAUUUGGCAAGUGGGGUUUCAAAUCUUGGGCCUGGAGCCAAGAAGUUUGGGACGAAAGAAGCGAAUUUCACAGCGUUGCAAACGCUCUACACCCUUGCCCAGUGCACGGCGGACCUAUCGGGUUCCGAUUGCAAUAGGUGUCUCCAGAUAGCGAUAUCGAAUGUGGUGGGUUGUUGCGGGGGAAAGCUAGGGGCCAGGGCUCUGUUUCCUAGCUGUAACGCUAGGUUUGAAAUUUACCCGUUUUACCAGUCAGUAGCAACUGUUCCGCCACCUCCUGGAACAGUAUCAACACCCAAAGGAAAAGUUAAGAUCUCAGCGGUGACAAUUAUUGCCAUUGUCGUUCCGAUUUCUGUCUCUGUUGUUCUGUUCGUUAUGGGAUGUUGCUUCCUUACUAGGAGAGCAAGAAAGAAGUACAAUGCUGUACAGGAAGAAAAUGCUGCUAAUGAUAUUACUACUGUAGAGUCCUUGCAAUUUGAUCUUGCUACAAUUGAAACUGCCACCAACAUGUUUUCAUAUGAUAAUAAGCUUGGUGAAGGCGGAUUCGGUGUCGUUUACAAGGGUAUACUUCCUAAUGGACAAGAAAUAGCCGUAAAGCGGCUGUCAAGAGGUUCCAGACAAGGGGCCGGAGAAUUUAAAAAUGAGGCCGUAUUGGUAGCCAAGCUUCAACACAGAAAUCUUGUACAAUUAUUGGGAUUUUGCUUGGAACGAGAAGAAAAGAUACUUGUCUACGAAUUUAUGCCCAACAAAAGCCUUGACUACUUUCUCUAUGAUCCUGUAAGAAGAGGACAAUUGGAUUGGUCAAGACGUUACAAAAUUAUUGGAGGAAUCGCUCGAGGGAUUCUUUAUCUUCAUGAAGAUUCUCAACUAAGAAUUAUACAUCGUGAUCUUAAAGCAAGUAACGUUUUGUUAGAUAAGGAUAUGAAUCCAAAAAUUUCAGAUUUUGGCAUGGCAAAGAUUUUUGGAGUUGAUCAAACUCAAGGAAAUGCCAGUAGAAUUGUAGGCACAUUUGGUUAUAUGUCUCCGAAAUAUGCUAUGCAUGGACAAUUUUCUGUGAAAUCCGAUGUGUAUAGUUUUGGUGUCUUAAUUCUUGAGAUUAUAACUGGCAAGAAGAUCAAUUCUUUCAAUCCAUUAGAUGGUGCUGGAGACCUUUUGAGCUAUGCUUGGAACCAUUGGAGGGAUGGAACACCCAUGGAAUUAUUAGAUCCAAAUUUGGAAGAUUCUUACUCAAGAAAUGAAGUCACCAGAUGUCUCCACAUUGGCUUACUUUCUGUACAAGAUGAUCCAACUGCUAGACCUACCAUGGCAUCCAUAGUUCUCAUGCUUAACAGUUACUCUGUGACAUUAACAUCACCUCAACAACCUGCAUCUUACCUUUAUAGUCGAACAGAGCAAAGCAUGCCAUUUAAAGACUUGGCCUCCUCAAAUCAAUCUACAAGCAAUACAAGCAAAUCAAUGCCAUCUGUCGAUGAAGCAUCGAUUACUGAAGUAUACCCUCGAUAGUGUGGGUUGUAAGGGCUUCACAAAAUGUGAAAGUGAGAGUGGGAGUGUGCAGCAUUUCUCAUGUUUAUAAGUUAUGGUACUUGAAUGAGUGGCAGAUGAGUAUUCUUUAAGAAUUCAGAGUUCAUGCAUGGUAAUAAGCUUGCAAAUCCAAUAUGUAUAAUUUUCAUGGAAAAUUAUUCUUUAACGAGUUAUUUUAGUGAAACUAUAAUAUAGUAUAUAAAUACAUCAUUCAACCCAAAAAUUUGA